GACAAACGAACAUGGAUGUCAAUGUCAAGAGUUGCCAACCCGAGGCCGCUGAACUUCAAAUCCAACUUCUUCAGAUAAAUAAAAGUCUCCUCUUCCACAGUUCAAACCCAGCAAAAACCCCAUUCUGCCCUCUUCUUCUUCUUCUUCUUCUUUGAACAUCGCGCAAAAACUCCAUUGCAGCCAGAAAUGGCUCUUCCUACUGCUCAUCUACUUCUCAGUCUAAUGCUACUGUUCUUUGCUUCGCUCGCCACUAAUUCAUCCUCGCAGUCGCAGCCCUUCAAAUGCACCACAUCCGCCACUUGCCACGCCCUGAUUGACUAUGUCUCUCCGAAUACCAGCACACUCUCCGCCAUUGAAGCCCUAUUUUCAAUCAAAAACCUCCGCUCCCUCCUCGGCGCUAAUAAUUUCCCUCUCUCGACCUUACCCAACCAAACUGUAGCCGCGCAGCAGACUAUCAAGAUCCCCUUCACUUGCUUGUGCUCCAACGGGACUGGCAUCUCUAACAAGAAACCCACCUACAUCGUUCAAUCAGGCGACGACCUUGAUCAUAUCGCUAGGGAGGUGUUCUCAGGAUUGGUGACGAAUCAGCAAAUCGCGGCCGUUAAUAAUAUAAAGAACGCGAGCUUGAUUCAUCCAAGGGAUGAGCUGUGGAUUCCGUUACCGUGCAGCUGCGAUGAGGUAGGAGGAGAGAGAGUUGUCCAUUAUGGACACGUGGUGGAAGCCGGGAGCACGCUGGAGUUGAUUGCAGAGGAAUACGGCACUACUAAAGACACGCUUAUGAGCCUUAAUUCAAUUGUUAAUGACAGUUCUCUCAUGGCUGGCCAAGUUCUUGAUGUCCCACUCAAAGCUUGUAAUUCAUCGGUGAUCGCUAGCUCGCUAGAUUACCCUUUACUCGUUCCUAAUGGCACUUAUGUCUUCACUGCUAACAGUUGCAUGAGAUGCAACUGUGAUUCUGCAAAAAACUGGACAUUACAAUGUCAGCCAUCUCAGCUUAGACCAGCUAACAACACCUGGCUAACUUGUCCUUCCACCACGCUAUGUGAAGGUGCGGACAAUUUAUCCAUUGGAAACACCACAAUUGUAGGCUGCAACCAAACAAGCUGUGCCUAUUCUGGGUUCAAUAACCAAACUAUCUUGACAACACUUGCCACAGUAAAUACUUGUCCAGCCAUCAGUCCAGGUCCUGGAAAUAAUACUUCGAAGAUCGGUUUGAGUUGGAAGUUCCUUUUCAUUUCUGUUCAUCUAAUUAUGCUUUGUCUACAUCUUCUUUGGUAAAAUAUAUGUGCUUCUUUGCGGGUGUCCUUUCUUGUGUGAAAUGAGGAUGUAAAAAACAUGACGUCAACGAUCUCUUUUCAGUUAGUUUGUGUAUGAGUAAUUUAUUUGUUCAAUCAAUAAAUUAGAAGAUGGAACUGGAAGUUGAAAA